AUGGAAAACAAUUGUAUCCUCUUGGAAGAUAUUUUUCAAAUAAAAGAUCUGAAUAUUGAUACUCCAGAAAAAGAAACUCAAAGACAGAGAAAGAAGAAGUAUUUUCAACAUGUUUCAAGGCUAUUCUGUGAAUCUGAAUUAUUCAAGAUGGCUUUAAUACUUGAUGUUAACACCCAAGUUUAUCCAAUGUCUAUUGGAGACAAAUUCCGUUUCUUAUUAUGUACUACUCUUUAUGAGGAUGGAACAUCUGAUACAGGUGAAUACGAUCCGAAUAUCGAAGCAAAACGUUCACGAGCUGAUCAAUUUGAUUAUGUUAUGUAUGGACAAGUAUAUCGAAUUGAAGAUGAUCGAAGAACGACAGUUGUUUCCCAUUCUACCCAUGUAGAAGCAAAUAAUACUGGGCCAAUCCUUGAUGAUAAUGAUGAUGAUGACGCUACAACGAAUAGUACGACUUUGUGCGUAUAUGUUUCCUUUGGAGGUCUUCUUAUGCGUUUGCAAGCCAAUGCAGAUCACUUACAACACUUUCAGAUGAGCUCAAAUAUCUACUUGAUGAUGAAAAAAGUAGCUUUUUGA